AUAGGGAGUUCAGAGUCACAAUGCCGUCCAUCACUUUCUCAGAGAGUGAGAGAGACAGAGAGAAAGCCAAGCCCUUCCUUCUAGAGCCAACUCGACCGAAUCACAACCUCCAUGUCUCUCGGGUCUAAAAUUGCUCGCUUCUAGUUCCACGAACACGAAGAAGGGUGGCCUUCCUGCGAUGCCACCAUUGCUGGGAGUAUCAAGAAUGUACGUAUGCGAACUUGUCAAGAUCCGUACGUCCGAGAUCUACUUGAGGGAGUGACAACCCAAAAAAAAGAAAGAAAAAGACCCAGAAAACGUUUCCGCCUGAGGCACAGCGACUUCCCAAAAACCGCCUGGACAUCAGUCGAUGUAUGUCAUCCGAUCCGAGUGGAUCGUGGCCAAACUUCUUUUUUUUGCCUCCUUUGUUUGAACUUCGAACUACUCUAUUCUGCAAUUGCCUCGAAUCUUGCCUACUACCUGUACUCCAACAACAACAACAACAAAAAGCCAAGCUCGAGAUUUGACAGGGGAAAUAGAAGAAGAUUGAGCCCUCUUUUCUCUUUUCCCCGCAUGAUAAUCUUACCGCAUUCGGAAGGGAUUGGCCAAGACUCUGGACCUUGAAGCAAUCAGACAGAACAGAACAGAUCCAAUUCCAUUCCCCCACGCUUUUUUCUUUCGGGGGAAGGGAAAGUCUGUACACGUUUCAACUUGCUUUGUUCUAGGGGGAAGUUCAAAGACGAUGCUUAUUGCUUCCCUUACUCGAUCGGGCCAUGCGGAGAGAGCUCCAGUAA